UAUUUGUUCAAACCUAAGCAAUGACCGUCUUGAUUGUUCUUAAGCUGGUAUUGAGUAGGACUGCCAUUAAUUUUUUAGUUAGAACAUUUUCACCAAAUCAUACAAAUUUGGUUACCCAAACAUUUUCAGAAUGCAGCAUGUGUCUUAGUUCCUAGUGGAUUUGGAGAUCGUGGUGUGAAAGGAAUGAUGCUAGCUGCAAAGUAUGCCAGAGAAAAUAAAGUUCCAUAUCUUGGGAUUUGCUUGGCCAUGCAGAUUUCUGUUAUUGAGUAUGCUAGAUCUGUUUUGGGUUGGGAAAAGGCAAAUAGUACAGAAUUUGACAACGAGACACCCAAUCCUGUUGUAAUUUUCAUGCCAGAGGGUUCAAGAACACAUAUGGGAAGCACAAUGAGACUGGGGUGUCGCGAAACGCCGUUUCAGACUCCUGAUUGUAUCACUGCAAAACUGUACCAUAAUUCAGAGUAUGUGGAUGAACGACAUCGGCAUAGAUACGAGGUGAAUCCAGAUAUGAUUGACAUGUUAGAAGAAGCUGGCUUAAAAUUUGUGGGGAAGGAUGAAAGUGGAAAGCAAAUGGAGAUCUUAGAACUUCCCGGUCAUCCAUUCUACGUGGGAGUGCAGUUCCAUCCAGAAUUUAAGUCACGGCCCGGGAGGCCUUCAGCUCCAUUUCUUGGUAUUUAGUGGUUAAAUGAAUUUAUGCAUCUCAUUGACUGACUAUUUUAACCCAGAUCUAAACAAUUCCAUCUUAAACAUACCAAGGUGGGAGGUAUUCAAAUGUUUGUAUGCAGUUUAUGAAAUGUUCAUUUUAUUAUAUAUACAUUCAGAAAAGAUCAUUCACUCUAAUUGAAUGAACCUUGCAGAGGAAGUGUUAGGUUUUCACAACAUUAGCUUCUCACUCAUGUUUGUGUUUUUCAAGCCAAUAU